AUGCAGGGCGCAGGCAUUCAAAACCUGCUGUCGGCGGAGGCAGAGGCCGGCAAGAUCGUGGCCGAAGCGCGCAAGGCCAAGCAGGAGCGCCUGCGGCAGGCCAAGGCGGAGGCGGAGCGAGAGAUUGCGGCUUACAGGGCUGAGCGCGAGGGCGGGUACCAGAAGAAGCUCUCAGAGACCACCAGCGGCGCCGCGGCCACGUCCGACCGGCUGCACAAGGAGACGGAGCAGGCCAUCAAGCAGGUGCAGAGCGACGUGGCGGCCAGCAAGGGGAGCGUGGUGGACAUGCUCGUGCGCUACGCCACCACAGUGGCAUGA